GCGCCAUAUAGUGGCCAAGUAUCAAAUUUUCCACAAGUCCCCCAGAUCCUCGUAGUUGUCUUACGUGUACUUUCUACAGGCUAAAAUGUGGCUUAUUUUCUUAUCGUUGGCGGUGUUUCUACUAAGUGGUUCUGAUGUAGUUGCUCAAAGGGUAGUGCCAGGUGUUAAUCCUCAACAUUACCAGCAACCGCCUCCACCACAAUAUCAGCAGCAGCAACAACAGCCACAGUAUCAACAGCAGCAGCAGCAACAGCAAUUCCAACAAGUGCCCAUUCAACAAACCCAGCAGCAAGUGCACCAGCAGCAAGUGCAACAUCAGCAAGUACCUGUGCAGCAUCAGCAACAACAUGUACCACAGCAGCAGCAGCAAGGUCAUCAUCAUGCACAUGCUAUGCCACAGCCAGGACAAAUCCUGAAUGCUGCUAACAUAGUCCAAGAAAAAGAACAUAUUGCUGAGCAUAUGGAGGUGCCCAUAGACACCAGCAAAAUGACUGAUCAGGAAUUGCAAUUCCACUAUUUCAAAAUGCAUGAUGCUGAUAAUAACAAUAAACUGGAUGGAUGUGAACUGAUCAAAUCCUUAAUACAUUGGCAUGGUCCAGGUGAUGGUCCACAACCUAGCAUGUCUGAUGGCGAGUUCGCUGAAAUAAUUGAUCCACUGCUAGGGAAACUUGACGAGAAUAAUGAUGGAUAUGUUGAAUAUUCCGAAUACAAAAGACAUUCUGCACUUUAAUGAGCAUUUUCGGAUAGAUUUGUUUUACUUUUCAUUUUGUUGUUUAUUUUAUACCAUUUUCUCCUUCCGUUACCGUUUUAUUUGUUUUUGUUUUGUAUACUUUAUGAGAUAUUUAGUAAUUGUAAUUUUUAGAAAGAAAAAGUCCAUAUUUUUUAAAUUAAUUUUAUAACUAAUUUGAUUAUUUCAGGUGAUUAGCUGCAUACUAAUUAUGCAAAGACUGCAUCUUUACUACGUCUAGCCAAUUAACAAUUAUUAUUAAAUUUUUAUCUACUUAAUGAAUGUGGGUUGUGCAAAAUUUACCGUGAAUAAAUGCCUAUUUUUGUACAA